AGAAGAAGACGAAGAAGAAGAAGAUGAUGAUGAUUACUUGGAGGAGGACGUAGUUCCACCAGAUCCAACAGACUACCACUCGGGUGACACCGCCGAGUUCGAGAUGGAUCACCGACCUGUGCUGGAGCGGACGGCUAUCAAGGCAGCAUGCCACUGGUUGCACUCGCAGAUGUGGACGAAUUGGGAUGAGGAAGAGGGUUCAGUUUUGUACAAGGCUGUGGAUCGGUUGGGCGAAGGGACCUUUUCUUCCGUCUUUCUUGCAAGGGAUCUCUUUCACACAAAGUAUGACAAUGAGUAUUGGACCGGCAACAAGGCGCAACAGGUGUACACGGAAUACUUCGGGGAAGACCCUACCAUUCGGGUGGCUCUGAAGAAGAUCUUGGUCACCAGUAGCCCUGUUCGUAUAGAGAAUGAGUUGUCUAUCCUGGAGAGUCUGAGGGGCUCUCGGAACGUGUCUAAGCUCAUCACUGCUUUCCGACAAGAUGAUCAAGUCAUCAUCGUCAUGUCCUAUCAUCCCUGUGAUGAUUUUCGACACUUCUAUCGGCACAUGGAUGUCAAGCACAUCCGAUCGUACAUGAGGUCUCUGCUUCGAGGACUGAAGGAGAUUCAUCAAAGAGGUAUCAUCCAUCGUGAUAUCAAACCCGCGAACUUUUUAUACGACUAUGCCACGGGGCAGGGUGCUAUCUGUGAUUUUGGUCUCGCAGAGCGCUACAAACCCGCUCGCAGACCCACUUGCCAACACAGUUCGGCAAGCAUUCGUAGCUCAACGAGUGGUAAGGUGCGGACGGCGGAAACGCCAGCGGUGGAGCGAGCAGUCUAUCAAGCCAGGAAGCGAGCAAAGCUUGGUGACGGCAGAGUUGGAUUUCUCGGCGAUGACACUCGGCCAAGCAUGAAGACGAACCGAGCAGGAACAAGAGGAUUUCGCGCGCCUGAAGUCUUGUUGAAGUGCCCUGAUCAAAGUUUUGCCAUCGACACUUGGUCGGCGGGAAUCAUUCUACUCUCCAUUUUGGCUCAAAAGUUUCCAAUCUUCAAUUCAACCGAUGACGUUGAAGCAAUGAUGGAGAUCGCAGCACUCUUUGGUCGCUCAGCUCUUGAGCGGUGUGCCAUGCUGCACAACCGGACCUUGAUAUGUAAUGUUCCGACUCUCGACGCCGAUCCACAGCGAACCCUGAAGUCAAUAGUUCUCCGACUGAAUCCACAUCUGUAUACACCGCCGUCGUCCUGCCCCUCCAGCUGGGAAGCAGAAGAGCAUAUUCGUUUCAUUGACCACGCCUUGCGCUUGCUGCAUGGACUACUCAGAUUGGAUUGCACCAGCCGAUUCUCCGCGAGCGAAGCUCUGCAGCACGAAUUUUUCUCCGAAGAAGGAGAAGAUAUGGAUCAGGACUUUGACGACUUCGAACCGGUAGGCAUUCAGGAUGGCAAGUGCGGCAAUCUGCAUGGCUUCGUCGACGGAAGACGUGCGUCUUACGCUGUGAUCGCAAGCAAGAGCUGACAAGCGCAAACAGACAAAGCCUACUUUGGCAACAAAUUGGUCGAGAUGCACUUUGGUCAAGGCCGUACAUCAUCAACUGAGACCUGUGCGUACGAGUCUCAUGUGCUCGAAAUAGUCACUGACGAAUGACUCAGUGUGCCCUGAGCACGAGCAUUGGCAAAUGCGGACUGGUCUCAAUGCGUUGACUUCGUGUACUCAGUUUGUCCGCGACGAGCAGGAGCCUGCCGAAACGGAUCACGAGGGCUCUGUUGAUGAGGAAGUGGUCAAGCGUCUUCCAUUCGCCGAACGGGAUGGCAACCUCGGAGUUGAGGCAACAGGUGUGGAGCCCAAGGGCAAGCGACGGCGGGAAGACUAGUUGUGGAAACAUUUGUCAUUGUCAGACUCUUUCCUAAAUUGUGUAUAACAUCGUCUUACGAAGCAUUAUGACACGACCGCAUCGACAUGA